UCCACUUUACGUAUCAUUUCUCCCAGGCGCUUCUGGUUGGGCUUCACCGCUGUGUUCCUCCUGCUCGGCGCCUUUCUCUUCUGGUGUUCGCUACGCAGUGGAUACCCGCUCGGUCCCUCGCGCGGUCCCCUGUUGGUCACGGGUCCUCACGACGGCGUCAUGGAAGGCCGCGCAUCACCGGGCAGCCAGCUGGACCCAUGCCGGGACCUGUACGAGUACGUGUGCCACAACUGGAGCUCGCCGCACGGUGCGCGCACCUUCGCCGAGGACGUGGCCCGCUCCUGGGAGCGGCUCGUGCAGCAGGCGGCGCUCGCAUCUCGUCCCAACCGGCCCGCCACUGCCGUUCUGGGGCCCGAGUACGCGGUCGAAGCCGUCCGGCACUACCACAACAGCUGCGUCAGUCUGCUCGCCAGAGAGGAGAAGGCGAGUUUCGCGCGCGCUAUGUUUUCGUAUCAGUGGCACGCCUCUCCGAGGGCCGCUGUGGGUACUGGUGUCUCCGUGAUGGUGCGGGACGGCCAGAAUCGCAGAGGGCACGCGCUUUGAACGCCCAGAUGGAGUGAUGUUCUGCGCAUUGUCGAAUGCCGCCAUGAUCACUUUUUGAGCCAAUAAGAGAGGUCCUAGCAACCUUGUAAGUCAAACAAAACUAAUGCCAGGCCCUCUCUGAGUCAGAGCGGGCCUGACGUCCGCGGAAGAGACCUUGGCUGUCACUUGAGUAGAUGCUAUUUUUAGGCACCACGACUGAGUCCAGUAUAUGAUGACUCCAUAGCAUCUCUACUGCCACAGAAAAAAAGACGC